CUCUGCCCUUUUUCAUUUUCCCAAUACUCCUUCUAUUUAUGACUCAAAUUCUCACUCCCAAACCCUAUCCAACCCAUCUUCAUUUCAAACCCUCAAAACUAAACCUCUCUUUUGCUCUAAAAAAAGGCCUAGAAAAACCUUCAUAUAUACGUUUUGGAUCCACUUUAUAUUCAUCUUGCAGAUAUAUUAAGUCGUGGGGGUUCUUCAUUACACAAUUUUUUAGUGCUCCCUGGAAAAUGAAGGAUCAUUCCUCUUAGCAGAAAUUUGCUCUCAAGCUAUAUUGUUCCAAUAUCUUAAAGUUCCCUUUUUCCAUGCAACUUAUGAUAUAGAGCUAUCAUCAGCUAGAGAGAAAAAAUGGCCAGAAUAGGAUCAAAAUCAUGCGAUAAGUCGAUCAUGUUUCUGAUCAUGUUCGUGCUAUUUUACAUGCAGCAGUGCAAAUGCUCCGAGCUCGAGCUACUUUUAUCGAUGAAAACAACGAUGAAGGAUCCAUUAGGGUCUCUCCAUGACUGGAUUCCGUCUCAAUCUUUUUGCAAAUGGAAUGGUGUUGUUUGUGAUGACUUGUCACAUGUUGCAAAAAUUGAGCUCUCAGGGAAGAACUUAUCUGGAAUAUUAUCCGAGACCAUUUUCAACUUGCCAUAUGUUGAAGCGAUCGAUCUCUCGAAUAAUCAGCUCUCUGGAGAAAUUCCAGGAAAUUUCUCUUGUUUGGCACUAAGAUUUCUCAAUCUUAGCAACAAUAACUUCACAGGUCCACUUCCUCAAGGCUCAAGAAUCCCUCUUCUCGAGACACUGGAUCUCUCAAACAACAUGAUUUCGGGGAAAAUCCCUGAAAAUAUUGGUUUAUUCUCAAGGCUCAAAGUUCUUGAUUUUGGUGGAAAUGUCUUGGUUGGAAACAUUCCAAAGUGUAUUGCCAAUAUUUCUAGUUUGGAAUUCUUGACUCUUGCUUCAAACCAAUUAAUCGGAGAAAUUCCUCGAGAACUAGGGCUUAUGAAGAAGUUGAAGCUUAUUUACUUGGGAUAUAACAAUUUCUCCGGUGGAAUUCCGGAGGAUAUUGGUGAACUGACAUCUUUAUAUCAUCUUGAUCUUGUGUAUAACAAUCUCACGGGUGAAAUCCCCUCAUCUUUAGGUAAUCUCACCAAUCUUCAGUACCUUUUUCUCUACAUAAACAAGCUCACUGGCCCGAUUCCAAGAUCCCUAUUUAAUCUCAAGAAAAUGGUAUCACUUGAUUUAAGUGAUAAUUUCUUGUCUGGUGAAAUCCCUGAGCUUAUAUCCCAAAUGCAAAAGUUGGAAGUUCUACAAUUGUUUGCCAACAAUUUCACAGGUAGAAUUCCAAAUACUUUGACUUCCUUGCCUCAUCUCCAAGUUCUUCAAUUAUGGUCUAAUAAAUUAUCAGGUGAGAUUCCUAAGGACCUUGGAAAAUACCACAAUCUCACAAUCCUAGACCUUUCCACCAACAAUCUCACCGGGAAAAUACCCGAAUCCAUAUGUUCUUCCAGCCAUCUUUUUAAACUCAUACUCUUCUCAAAUUCACUCCAAGGCGAAAUCCCUGUGAGCUUGAGCCGUUGCAAAAGCUUACAGAGGGUCCGCCUACAAAACAACCAACUCACUGGUGAAUUGUCCUCGGAAUUCACAAAGCUCCCCCGUGUUUACUUCCUUGAUAUCUCAGGCAACUAUCUUUUUGGCUCCAUUAGUGAAAGGAAAUGGGAUAUGCCAGCACUUCAAAUGCUAAAUUUGGCUAGGAACAAGUUUUUUGGUACCUUGCCAGAUUCCUUUGGUAGCAAGAAUCUUGAAAACUUGGACUUAUCCGAAAAUAGUUUUUAUGGUACCAUUCCUAAGAAUUUCGGGCAAUUAUCAGAGCUAAUGGAGCUAAAACUACGCAGCAACAAGCUUUCAGGUGAAAUCCCAGAUGAAUUAUCUUCAUGUAAGAAGAUUGUGAGUCUUGAUUUGAGCAACAAUCAACUUUCAGGUCAAAUUCCAACUAGUCUCUCAGAAAUGCAAGUUCUUAGCCUUCUUGAUUUGUCAAUGAAUCAAUUAUCAGGCGAAAUCCCCCCAAAUUUGGGAAAAGUUGAAUCACUUGUCCUAGUCAAUGUCUCUCACAACCACUUCCAUGGAAAUUUACCGUCCACUGGAGCUUUCCUUGCCAUAAAUUCCAGCGCAGUGGCCGGAAAUCAACUAUGUGGCCGUGGCGACGACAUUACAAGCGGCUUGCCACCGUGUAAAUCACUCAAGAAAAGCUCAGUUUGGUGGUUCUUCUUGACUUGUCUUCUUGGAAUACUAGUCUUGCUAGUAUUCUCGGCCUUAGUUGUCGUAUUUAUCCAAAGGAGAAGAGAAAUGAAGCUCAAGAAAGUGGAGAGUAGUCAAGAUGGUAAUUGGGAAAUACAAUUCUUCGAUUCCAAAGCUUCGAAAUCCAUCACCCUCAGUGACAUCUUAGGAAUUGGAGUUUCGUUCAAAGGGUUUUCAGAAAUAAGCAGCACACAAAUAUUCGUGAAGAAAUUGAAUGUGAAUAUUCCAACAAGUUUUUGGACAAACAUCCAAGAACUAGGGAACAUUCGACAUCCCAACAUUGUGAAGAUUUUGGCUGCAUGCAAAUCGGAGAAAGGUGGGAUUUUGGUUUACGAGUACAUAGAGGGGAAAGAUUUCAGUGAAGCGAUUCGAGCCAUGAGUUGGGAACGUAGACAAAAAGUGGCUAUAGGAAUUAUUAGAGCACUGAAAUAUUUGCAUUGUUCUUGUUCCCCCAGCAUUUUCGUUGGCGACCUUUCUCCCCGGAAAGUUAUCAUCGACGGAAAAGAUGAAGCACGCCUGAGAUUGAGUCUUCCCACUAUGGUUUUCACCAGCACCAAAGGUUUCAGCUCCACGGCCUACGUUGGUCCAGAAAUUGCAGAAUACAAAGGAAUAUCGGAGAAGAGCGACAUAUACGGAUUUGGCCUACUUCUAAUUGAGUUAUUGACCGGAAAAAACCCUGGUGACGCUGAAUUUGGCAAGCACGAGAGUAUCAUCGAUUGGGCACGAUAUUGUUACUCGGAUUGUCAUUUGGAGACAUGGGUUGAAUCAAUAAUGAAGAGUGAUGCAGUGAAUAAUCAGAAUAAAAUGGUGGAGAUGAUGAAUGUGGCCCUGCAGUGCACUGCUAGUGAACCAGCAGCAAGACCCUGUGCUAGUGAUGUGGCCAAGACCUUGGACUCAUUUGUGAGAUCAAAUUCUUGUGGUUUAGGCUUGAAAAGGUGUUCUAGUGUUUAGAUUUUGGGAUUUCUAAUUAACUCAGAUUUUGUUCUACCUUCUUUUUAUGUUAAGUUACUUUUUUUUUUCCAACUUUUUUUAGUUUUUAUUGGGCAUAAAUUAUGAGUGUUGCCCAAUGUUUUGGAUGCUAUGUGGCAUCUAUUUGAGUGUAAAACUGUAGAUAUGAAGCUAAAUGCUAAUAUAUAGUAGAUUGCACCUUUUAAAACCA